AAUUUCGACUUCUCCACUGCCAUGCAGCAGCAUUUGUCCAAGUCUCCUUCACCUACUCGCUCUCGCUCUCCCUCUCCUCUAGGCGACUCCUCUUCCUCGGCCAUUGAUACCAAAGACACCAGCCCCUCACCCGACGAUAAAGAGGCUCCUCGUCGCAAAGACAGCGGCAGCGACAAGAACGAAGCCAGCUUCUUCCAACACAUCGCCUAUCCCGUUUCCUACACCUUCAGUGGCCUCCUCCGCCGCCUUAGCGCAGACGAAGCUCCCACACCCCUCGCUAGAGCCCUGUCAGCAAACUACAACGGCGCCAUGAGCCCCUCCGCCGCCUUCUUCGAUGCUCCAAAACGCCGUCUCUCACCCUUCCAGCCCCCACCUUUGACUCCCUUGACUCUUGUCGGCUACAGAGACAGCACUCCACUUGCCAGUCGUCUAUUGGAAAAGGCCCUGGCCGAAGAGAUUCGCCUGCUCGUGCCGCCGCGAGUCCAACUUGUCGAUGAAUGGAAACUGGUCUACUCGUUGGAGCAAAACGGCACAUCUUUGGGCAGCUUGUAUGGCUUAAGCGACGAAUACAGAGGCAAANGAGGCGGCUUUGUCUUGGUAGUCAGAGAUGCCANNGUCUUCGGCGCAUACCUGUCCGACCCACCUCAACCUCAUCCACAUUAUUACGGCACUGGCGAAUGUUUCUUGUGGAGCGCUUUCCGCCUGCCCUCUCUGCCUGAUCUCUCAUCACUACCUCCGCCACCCUCUGCUGAUACCACACAUAUGCAACGCAGCACAACAAUCGCUUCCACCAUCAAAAAACCUUCCUUGACUCCAUCAUCAACAAGCGGCACUUCGACUCCCGACAGAAUCCGUUUCAAGGCUUUCCCUUAUACUGGCGAGAAUGAUUACACCAUGUUCUGCCAGCAAGGCUUCUUGAGUGUCGGUGGUGGUGAUGGCCAUUAUGGAUUAUGGCUGGACAACAACCUGGCCAGAGGCAUUAGUUCGCCUUGUCCUACCUUCGGCAACGCACGUCUGAGCGACGAGGGCGAGAAAUUCGGAAUACUCGGCGUCGAACUGUGGUACAUUGGCUCGUAA